UCCUGGUUUCGCGAGCAGAUCGUCAUAAUUUUUAUGUGUAGUGAAUACUGGGGAAUUUCAAAACAGUAUAUUAGGCGCACAGGUAGAAACAACAGCGCGACGGUGCAUGUAAUAGUAGGCACACACUAGCAAUCAGACAAACAAGUGGUUAAAUAAUCGUUAGUGCGUAUGUACCGUGAGUUUAACAUUAAAAUUAUCGGUGUCGUUACAAAUCGGUCGUUGAAAUGCUGUCGUCACUCAAUUACAGGUUGAUGCUCCUGUUCUGUGCAACGGAGUGUUUUUUAGUUGCUGGACAGGUAAUCGCGACGGUGGACCGAAAUUUGGUAAUUGCACAGUCUGAAGGCUCUGAAUGCUCCCUGAAAAAUCAGCAGGGCACCUGCCAGCUGCUGACAAAGUGUACCUCAGUCUACAACGAACUGAUAGCGGGAAAACGCCCCGAAUCGGUAUGUGGCUACAAGGACAGGAUGCCCAUAAUUUGCUGCCCCAACAGUGGCAGUACCAUAACUAGAUCCACCACACAAUCGACGCCUGCAUGGGGUGGUAACGAGGACUUGACUACCAACAAGCCGUUCAAGUGGAAUCACAGAAUUAGACGCGCCCAGCAGAUGUGCCAAGAGUACGCAAAAUCGGUGUACGCCCUCGUAGAGCCACCUGUCCUAACCGGUGGCGAUCGGAUGUACGUCAACGUCUCGCUGUGCGCCAUAAAAUCGAAAAAACUCAUAGUGGGUGGCACCAAAGCCGAGCCCAAGGAGUUCCCGCACAUGGCGGCGAUCGGUUACACCAAGAACAACAAAAUCUACUGGAAUUGCGGUGGAAGUCUUAUCUCCGACUUGUGGGUCCUUACAGCGGCGCAUUGCACCUACUCGUUCCAAUGGGGAUACGCUGAGCACAUUCGCGUGGGCGACCUCAAUCUUGAGAGCAAAAAGGACGAUGCAAGACCUCAGGACCGUCGUGUUAUUGAACGCGUCAGGCAUCCCGAUUACAAAAAACCGGCACAGUACAACGACAUCGCCCUCCUCAAGAUGGACAGGCCAGUGACGUUUGACGCCUACGUGAGGCCAGCAUGUCUGUCCCUCAACCCCAACAUCCAAACCGGCGAGAAGACGGUCGUUGCAGGCUGGGGCAUCGUCGACUGGUUUGACGAGAAAGGAUCCCCCGAUCUAUUGAAAGUCACAUUACCCAUUGUGGCGUUUGAUACCUGCAAGGGGCUUUUCGCAAACGAGGGAAACAAACUUCCUAAGGGCCUAAGUGCUGAAUCACAGUUGUGUGCCGGGGAAGAUGGCAAGGAUACUUGUCAGGGUGACAGCGGUGGUCCACUGAUGGUCUACAGUAACUCCGAAGAAUGCAUGUACGACAUCGUUGGGGUCACUUCCUUUGGAAAACUUUGUGGCAGCGUGAUACCAGGUGUCUAUUCAAAAGUAUACCACUACUUGGACUGGAUCGAGAACACUGUAUGGCCUUGAACCUCAUGUUUGUCUUUUGACGAUCGAGGGUUCUUACUUCAAGUGUGUUUGUGAUAUUUGGUUUUGAUAAAAAAAGUUUAAAAAAUUUACGAAAAAAACUCACAUCUUCGUUAAUGCAAGAUAAUAGUCAUUGAACUACGGUGUGAUAUUUUAUAAUUUGCAAGU